CGGGGUUUGUACGAAAUACGGGUAGGAAGCGCAAUCUGGUGACGUUUUCACGUCUCGCGCUGUCGAGAGAAACCCAGACUGAGUGAUUUAGAGACAGAGAGCGACAUAGAGAGAGUGAGAGAGAACGAGAGUGAGCUUGAGCACGGAAGUGGAGCUGCGUCCCCAUGCCAGUACUGAGAACGGAACGUCUUUCACAGUGAGACAAGCCAACGGGAGGUGUGAGACAGGUGUGGGCAGAAAGGUGACGGUGUGUGAGACGGCAUGGCAAGCGUGACUGUGCCGGUUAGAGAUGUGAGUGCUCUGCGGUGCGGGGUGAAGCGUGUGUGCAGGGACAGACCGGAGGAUGCUCCUAUAAAGAAGCGCGUGAUGGCGGAGAUGAAGCUGACGCGCAGGGUGAAGCGCGAGGAAUCGGAGUGCGAUAAAGCCUUGGACCUGAGUCCAGGUCUCAAACAUACGCUGGCUCAGUUCACACUGAGCAGCCGGAGCUCGCUCGGGGGACCGGCUGCUUUCUCCGCCCGCACCGACGCGGGCUCGGCGCAGACCCCUAUGACCCCUCCCCUUCCUUCACCCUCCAUCCUGGGGGUGGGGCCUCUGUUGGUGCCUAGUGACAGGUCGACGGAGCUGAUGCACUCGGUGUUGGAGGGCGAGUCGAUCUCCAGCUUUGUGGUGGGCGGAGAGAAGCGCCUGUGUCUGCCGCAGGUUUUGAACUCUGUGCUGCGAGACUUCACAUUGCAGCAGAUUAAUGUCGUGUGUGACGAGCUGUACGUGUACUGCGCCCGCUGUGAUGCCGACCAGCUGCACGUCCUCAAAGUGCUGGGCAUCCUGCCCUUCAACGCCCCGUCCUGCGGCCUCAUCACACUGACCGACGCGCAGAGGCUGUGCAAUGCGCUGCUCCGCCCUGGCUCCGCCCACAACCACACCCAGACCGGGGCGAAAAUUUCAACUGUUAAUGGACAGUUUGGCUUCCAGGUGGAGCACCGGUGCCUGGGGAAGUGCCGCGGCGUCUUUGUGCCUCAGUUCUACGUGCGUCCAGACGCACCGUGCGUGCAGUGUGUGGAGUGUCAGCUGCUGUUCUCGCCUCAGAACUUCGUCAUGCACUCGCACCGCGCACCCGACAAGCGCACCUGCCACUGGGGCUUCGACUCCGCUCGCUGGCCGCUCUACCUGCACCUGAGCCGCCGCUACGAGGGCACCGCCGACCAGAACAAACUCAGCACAGUGCUCCAGCAGAUGAAGGAGAAGUUUCACCUGCAGUCAGACACGCCCCUGGACCAGGUUGUGGAAGAGGACCGCUGUGUGAGGAAGUCCAGUCCUUCCACUGAUCAGGUGUGUGACACAAAGAGAAAGGGUUCUCUGGCCUUCACUCGUCUGUGCCCUGACAUCAAACAGGAAGUGGGACCCCCUACCCUCGUCCACCCCAGCUACUACCUGUCCCCGUAUGAUAAGAUGGUGGCACCCAACGUGUCUCUGCAGAAGAACCAUGAGAGUGCUGGAGCGGACGCACUGCUGAAACGGCACUCCAGCAGAAAACACGACAUCUGUACCACCGCUGCAUCCGUCGUUGAUGAACCGAAAUUUCACAGCGGCAAUGAGACGCAUCCUCCCGCCGCAGCCAUCUCCAUGGAAACAGACGGGAAGGAAGAGGACGAUAAGGAGCAGCUGGUGUUUGAGAUGGUUCACAUGUACAACAGACAGCAGGAGAAGCUCAACGCUACGCUGCACACACAGAGGCAACUCGAGACGGAGCUGCAGGCGGUGUGUGACGGUGAGGUGGAGCGGUGGAGGCGCUUGUCUGUGGAGCGCACUGAGCUGCAGAGUGAGUUGGAGGCGGUGCACACUGAGCAUGCUCACAAAUUGGGGCGGGUUCAGCAGGAGCAGAGGGAUUUGGAGCAGAGUCUGGAACAGCUCCGACACACACACACACACUGUACCUGCCAGAGCCAGGAGGAGCAGUACACCGCUCAGCUGUGUGAUCUGAGGGUGAGUCUGGAGCGGGCUGAGGCAGAGAGACAGGAGCUGCAGGAUCAGCUGAGGCGAGAGCGAGGUGCCAGGGAGAAACUGGAGUUGCUCAUCUCUCAGCUACAGCAGCAGAUCAGCAGCUCAGCCAGUCACAGCCCUCAGAGCAUCUACUUGACCAAUCACAGCUCUCAGACCACUGACUCUCAUAUUCACAGUCCUAAAACUCUUACACCAGCCAACCACAGCCCUUCACACCUUGCAACCACACACACUUUAUGUUAAAGGACUGUUUUAUAGUUCAACAUCCUAUCACUGUUAUUAUUAUUAUUAUUAUUAUUAUUAUUAUUAUUAUUUUGUUAUUGUUGAUGCUAUUAUUUUGUUAUUGUUGAUGCUUACUCUGACGUCAGUGUGUGAGAUGUCUCCCCCUGUUGGACACAGCGAUGGACUCACACACACACUCUUCACUUGUGACCUGUGAGUAAUAACAUUUACACACACAUACAGCUAACAAUGAGGUAAAGCGACACAUUAAUAUUCCCAAACGUAAAUUAAUUAACACACCACUACUAAUCAGUUAAAGUAAUUAACACCUUAAUUUAUUCAUUAGUUUUUGAAAGGGUGAACUCUUUGAUGUUUAUUCCAUCCAUGAUUUAAAAAAAAAGAUGAAUCUCUUAAGUCCUAAUUAAUGUUAAUGACUAAAUGUUAAUACUCACAAGUGAGGCUAAGAGCUCUUCAUAUUAUUAUAAUAAUUAAUAUUCAUUAAUUAAUAUCCAUUACUAUAACAAUAUUUAUUUACAGAUGGAAUAAAUUGGCUGUUGAGUGA